AUGGUGUUUGCCUCUUCUCAUUUGCCAGGUACAGCUAAAGAAUGUGGACCUCUCCCUCAAGGAAAUUCAUCAAAGGGAACUGUUAAUGGCAGUACCUUAUUUCCCAAUACUGCCUCCUACACUUGUGAUGAGGGACAUGAACCUGUAAGCGGAGAACCCGAGAUCUCGUGUCUGGCAUCAGGAAAAUGGGAAACCGAUGUACUAGUUUGUCAACUGACGAAAGAUUGUGGAUCUGAACCAUUAGAUUUAGUUUCUGUUGUGGAUGGAUCAUCAUCAGUUAAUUCUGAAAGUUACGACAAGAUGAUAGACGAAAUUGCAGAUUUCAAUUCCAUAAGUUUGAAUGUUAACUCAAUGACAGUAAACGUAGGUCUUGUAAAUUCUGAUGGUAAUUUUGAUUUCAGUUCAGAUGUAAUUAUUCUAUCAAGUGACUCCAAUCAAGUGCUUGGAAAAAUUCGUGCUCUAAAGCAUCAAGGUGGAUCUUUGGAUUACGCAUUUAGUAUAAAUACGGCCAAGAACAGUAUUUUUGACGAUUUUCGACCUGAAGUCCAGGAUGUUAUUAUACUCCUGAGUGCCGGAGUAUCGAGUGUAAAUCCUCAGAGUAAAGCAAGUGAUGCCAAAGGCGCCGGUAUUAAAAUCUUUACCAUAGGCAUUGGCGAUAGUGUCGAUAGGGGUGAGCUGAAAGGGAUUGCUUCCGAUCCUACUGAAGCUAAAUUUAUAAACUUUUUUAGUGAUAUUCGGGCAACACUUCAUGAUCUUGUUAACGAUUUCUGCUAA